AUGUGGACGACGUAUCCGUUCGAUGAGAGUGAACGCGUCCUGCGAGCCACGAAGCUGUCGUUUGUCGACUCGGUGUGGGAGAUUCUAGGUGCCUUCUUGGGACGCGUGCCGCUGGUUCACGUGCAGUCUCCACGGGAUCCUGCUUCUGCACAACUAAACUUGAGAAGUGUUGUGCUUGAUAACAGCACGCAGUUUCUGGAGGUUAUUCAAAGUGAGAAUGUGACGCGUUUCACUGCAGUGCCGAGUGUGCUGGAAGUGCUGCUACUACAGACGACAGAGAAGGAUAGAAAUGCUACGUUGAGCGGCCUUCGCUAUGUGCUGAGUAGCGGCGAGGCAUUGCGUCUUCACGUUCUCCAGCAACUCACGACUAAUUUGCCAGACGCGACGAUACUAAAUCUCUAUGGCAGCACAGAACUGAGCGGCGACGUUACCUUGGCAACAACACGGCGUCCCUAUCGCUAA